AUGGAUCAUCUUUGGUUUCACCAUAUUAUUCUCCUCUCAGAACCCACUUCACUUCUUGUCCCGAAAACACACUCACCAACACCAAACCCUUCUUUAUUAUCAGCGCCUCUAGAUAUUCAAGACCAAGAAAAAUCCUCAGCUUCAUCUCCGGUUUCGCCACUGGUCGAAGACUGUAACGAUGAAGCUAAAGAAAAGGAAGAGGCACUGAAAGAAAGACCAACGCGAUUGAAUAUCAUUGCAGGCAGAGCCCGCUCACACUCUUCUUCACCAUUAACUAAAAAACGUCCGAGAAAUUUAAGACGCUCGGGCUCAAUGAUUGUAGGGCAGAAGUGGAUGAGCUGUAGGAGCUUGUGGGAUCUGGAACUUGAAGAAGUGAAAGGGUUUAUGGAUCUUGGAUUCGUAUUCAAGAAAGAACAUUUAAACCCUCAAAUGAUUAGCGUUAUCCCUGGUUUGCAAAGAGUUGGAAGUUACAAAAAUAAACACAACAGUGAGAUUGGUAAAGAUGAUGAAAUUGAGCAAGCGGCAUAUGAACAUGAGAGAGGUAUCAUGAGACCAUAUUUAUCAGAGGCAUGGCUAAUAAAGAGACCCGAUUCACCACUUCUAAAUUUAAGAAUUCCAAGAGUCAUUGCAGCAGCUGAUAUGAAGAAACACUUAAAAUCCUGGGCCAAAACUGUUGCAUCAGAAGUUCAGCAAGCAUAUUAA